CCCUAACCGGACAGCUGCUAUCUCUUUUCUUUUUCCAGGGCCACUUUUCUACUCCAGCUCCCUUGACAAACAAUCAGCGAGCUCAAGUCCAGCGAUCGGUUCCCAUCGGCGCUUUGCGAUAAUUGUGCAUUUCUCCAAAGUUGUUCGAUUGAGAAUUUGAUCGGCUUCUGCGCUCCAAGGGCGAAUUUGGCGAUUGCAAAGGGUCAAGCCACAUGCGGAGGACACAAGAAGGAUUCGUAGAUCGUGCCAGCACCACUUCUUAGUCAUGUCCUCAUCGCACGCUCCGAGCCGCGAGCAGGAUUCCACGGGAAGGACAACACCGACGCCCGACGAUCCUGCUGUCCCUUCUGACCUCCGCAUCAACAUUCCCGGCGCGGGCGACCAAGACGCGGCAAAGCAUCCCCAGAAGAAGAAACGCGAGCCUUCGACGACCUCGACGCCGACAGUAUCGACAGUCCAGCAAAAGGAGGACAAGCACAGACCAAAUCCGCUCAGCAGGUCUUCGUUCCACUCUCGCGACUCGGUGCACACCCACGUCGCCGACUACCAGGACCCCAGCUCACCCUACGCUAAUCCAAACCACUAUUCGGCCAGACCAGAUUCGUACCAUCGCCGCUCAUCUUCUCGAGGAGAGAGCCUAAUUCUGCCUUCUGCCAUGACGCCCACAUCAGCCACGCCGGGCUCGACCUUCAAUCACCACCAUCACCACAACCAGCACACGCAUUUUCCCAGUGCCAGCCACGAAGAUAUGGGCCACCACCGCGGCCCGACCUCGUUUCAAGAGCGUGGCUUUGACCACCUCAAUUCCCACAAGAUCUACACUGUCGAGGAGAAGCGUCUGGACGAGGACCUUCGUAAGGAGCGCUACUGGCGACGGUGGGGCUGUUACCUUAGCGAGAGGCAAUGGGCUACUGUCAGGGAAGACUACAGCGCCAAUGGAGACCCGUGGACCCACUUCCCCCACGAAAUCGCUCGCAGCCGAACAUAUCGCUGGGGAGAGGAUGGCAUCGCAGGUAUCUCCGACAACCACUGCCGCCUUGGCUUCAGCCUGGCUUUUUGGAACGGAAAGGACAGGAUGCUCAAGGAGAGGAUCUUUGGUCUUGCCAACAAUCAGGGAAAUCAUGGAGAGGACGUCAAAGAACUGUACUACUACCUCGACAACACGCCGACUCACAGCUACAUGAAGAUGCUGUACAAGUACCCGCAGGAAGCCUACCCGUACGAUCAGCUUGUGCGCGAAUCGCAAAUGAGGAGCAGGGAUGUGGCCGAGUUUGAAAUCACCGACACCAAUCUCUUUGACGACAAUCGCUACUGGGAUAUCUUCAUCGAGUACGCAAAAGACGCAGACAACGAGAAUGCCAUCUCGGUGCGCAUCAGCGCAUACAACCGAGGUCCCGAGCCCGCCGACCUGCACAUCAUCCCCCAACUCUUUUUCAAGAAUUACUGGUUUUGGCCAAAGGAGACACCCGAGAAGCCAACGCUGCAGCAGACGGACGACAUCACGAUCCAAGUCGACCACAAGGACUUGGGUCGUACGCAUCUCUACUGCUCGACGAGCCCUGCCCCCAGUGCACCACCUCGCAAACGCGGCAUGGCCCCAGAGCUCAUCUCCGACGAGGAGGUGGCGCCCGAGAUUCUCUUUACCGAAAACGAAACCAAUUUCGAACGCCUCUACGGUGGGCAGAACAAGUCGUAUGCCAAGGACGCCUUCCACGACCACAUUGUCCCCUGGCACCGCUUGGAAAAGGAUCAGCCUCAGAAGGUCCGCAGGACGAGGAUGGUCAAGAAGACUGUCAAUGUGGUCAAGUCGGUCAAGAGAAAGGUCAGCAAGGCGGCGAAGGUCAACGGUCAGGCGUCUGAAGAACCCAAGGUGAACGGGACCGACAAGAAGAGCACUACGGUUGAGGAUGAAGAGGAAGAGGUCGAGGACCAGGUCGAGGUGCCCGAGGAAGUCGAGGAGGAGGAAGAAUACUUUGACCCUCCCGAGGACUUUGCCCCCCGUCGCGAAUAUGUCAACCCGGAGAAGAAGGGCACCAAGGCAGGCGUCCAUUACUUCUUCGAAAAGGUGCCUCCCAAUGGAGGAUGCGCCGUUGUGCGAAUGAAGCUCACUCCCAACACGCCAGACAGCGACCCGAGCAUCAACGAUGACGAGCAGUUUGACGCCCUCGUCGAAGCUCGACGUGGCGAGGCAGAAGAGUUCUACCACCGCAUCGCCCAAGGCCCCCUUCCGGACGACAUGAGGUCGAUCAUGAGGCAGGGCUACGCAGGUAUGCUGUGGAACAAGCAGUACUACUGCUUUAUCCAGCCCGAAUGGAUUGCCGGCGAUCCGGGACAGCCUCCUCCGCCUCCCGAGCGCAAGCAAGUCCGCAACAAAGAGUGGCGCCAUCUGCAUGCCGAAGACGUCCUGUCGAUGCCCGACAAGUGGGAAUAUCCCUUCCCUUGCGUGUGGGACACCGCUUUCCACUGCAUUCCUCUGGCUGUCGUCGACCCUACGUACGCCAAGAAGCAGCUGGACCUCUUCACACGAGAAUGGUACAUGAAACCAGAUGGAGGUCUGCCGGCGUACGAAUGGAACUUCAGCGACGUCAACCCUCCGGUGCAUGCCUGGGCAACAUUCCGAGUAUUCAAGAUUGAGCGCAAAAUGUAUGGCCGCGAAGACCUCGACUUCCUCGAGCGUGUGUUCCAGAAGCUCCUCAUUAAUUUCACCUGGUGGGUCAACCGAAAGGAUUCAAGUGGCUCCAAUGUUUUCGAAGGCGGCUUCCUCGGCCUUGAUAAUAUCGGCCCCUUCAACCGGUCGGAGCCCUUGCCAACCGGUGGUACGCUUCGCCAAGCGGACGGCACGGCCUGGAUGUCGUUCUAUGCACUGCAGAUGCUCAAUAUGGCCCUGGAACUUGCAAAACACAACCCGACGUACGAGGACAUCGCCUCGAAAUUUUUUGAACACUUUAUCUUCAUCGCCGACGCUAUGACGUACCAGGAGAGCGACAUGGAGUCGUCGCUGUCUCUUUGGUCCGAUGAGGAGCAAUUCUACUUCGAUGCCAUCCAGUUCUCGCCAGGGCACAGCGAAUUGAUUCGGGUCAAGAGCUUGCUGGGCCUGAUUGCCCUGUACCCUACCUUGACCCUCGAGCCACACGUCUUCACGCGAUUCCCGUCGUUUGGCAAGCGAGUCAAGUGGUUCCUUGACAAUCGACCAGAGAUCUCGAAGCGCAAUAUCCAGAUUUCUGGUGGUCGUGGAAAUCGCCGACUGCUAUCGAUGGUGGACCGAGAGCGCUUGGCAAGCAUUCUCAAGAGGAUGCUCAACGAGACCGAGUUCCUCUCUGACUACGGCAUUCGCAGUCUGUCCAAGGAGCAUGCCGAACACCCAUGGGGCAUCGAUGUCAACGGACAACGAUUCGAAGUGGGCUACUGGCCAGGUGACAGUCGCUCGCCCAUGUUUGGAGGCAACAGCAACUGGCGAGGACCAAUCUGGAUUGCCGUCAACUUCCUCCUCGUCGAGAGCCUCCAGCGCUUCUACCAAUUCUACGGGAACAGCUUCUCCAUUGAAUGUCCUACUGGAUCGGGUAACAUGAUGCACCUCGCUCAGGUCGCAGAAGAGCUCUCGUCCCGCCUCAUUUCCAUCUUUGAGCGCGACCAUGUCCAGCAGCGACGACCGUGCAACAGCGGAGUGCCCAUCCUGGACCAUGACCCCCACUUCCGCGACCUGGUUCCCUUCCACGAGUUCUUCCACGGCGACACAGGUGCCGGCCUUGGCGCGAGCCACCAAUGCGGAUGGACGGGUCUCAUCUCUUACCUCAUCUGCACCACUGGCUUUAGCGUCCGAACACCGAGGACGCCUCGCAGUAUGGCGCAACAUUACUUUGACGAGCACAUCACCGACGACGGCAAGAGCGACGGUGGCAGCACCUCGGCACCCCAGUCUGCUGCAUACUCGAGGCCCCCCUCGCCUGACGAGCUGUGAUGUGGUGCAGGACGGAGCAUGCGUAUAUUUUAUGUGUCAGAUAUUUGACCUCCCACCAUGGAGGGACAAGACGAGAGGAAGAGACAAGAUCAAGCUAGAAGAUGUCAAAGAGAAGCUCGAAAGCCGAGAAUGGAGUAGAAUAAGCAGUUCGGCUGCAGCCUCCAUAUUGCAGCCAUGUCUGAUAAGGUUCUUUCAUCAACGUCUGCAAGCCAUCAUUUCACCAUCUGCAGAAGCCUGACG